ACCAAUGGGAAGCAAAGUAAAUAUUUUACCAACCAAACCAAAUAAAGUUGAGAUUUAUUCAGGCAAUAAUGAAGAAACCGAAUUUAAAAAAGUACAAAAUCCACAAUCAAAGCAACCAGCAAGAAGAAAUCCACAUCAAGAACAUCUAUUGAAUCAAAAGUCAUAUCAAGACCAUAGAGCCGAAGCUGAAAAGUAUGCUAAAUUAAGAAAUGCAUGUUUCCAAGCAGCUGCUAAAGCCUAUAUGAAGAAUAAACCAGCUGAAGCAAGACAACUUUCUGAAGAAGGUAAAAGAUAUGAUGAGUAUCAUAAAGAAGCCAAUAGAUUAGCAAGCAAUCAAAUAUUUAUGGAUUGUAAUUCUAGAAGUGGUGAUACUCUUAGAAUCGAUCUUCAUGGUCUUCAUGUUGGUGAAGCUUUGGAUAUGGUGCAAAGAGCAAUAGAAAUACAUGCUUCUGGUGAAUAUAGUGGAAAUAAUCGACCUCAAAUACUCAGUAUUAUCACUGGUCAAGGAAAUCAUUCUGUCAAUCGUGUAGCUAGAAUUAAACCGGCUGUUGUAGCUUUCUUAAAGGAAUGUAAAAUCAAAUAUGUUGAUAAACAGGGUGUACUUGAAGUAGAUAUAAACAGUUUAAGAAAUUAUUAGAAAUAUUUAUUUAUUAAAAUAAAUUGUAUAUUAGAAAACAUU